AUGACUGUGUUUUCACAUCAGGCUAUGAACAAUGAGAUGGAUGCAACAGAAAAAGUCUACGCUGGAGAGCUGCAAGCACCGGCAUCCUCUAACAAUGUGGAUGCCAAAGAUGUCUGUUCUGUGCAACAGGGUACAAGUCUAAAUAACAGAUGGAAAACUAAACCUGCAAAACGUGUCUGUUUUCCACCAGGGGGAAAGAUUGUUUCUGGAUCAGCAGAACCCAGGAGUCCAUGGGAAACUGCUAGGACGGAGGAUGAGGACACAGAAGACGCUGCAGCAGAUGGUGACAAUCCGCAAGAAAACUUUUUGGACCUGGGUUGGCUCUUGCCUGAAGAAGGCUAUGUGAAAGAAGCUGUUAUAGUACUGAGUGGUCCAAUGGAAGAUGAAGUCCUAGAGUUUUGUAUGCUAUUCAAAUCUACUGCCGAAGCAUAUGAAGUCUCUAAUUUCUUUGUUGAGGAGUCUGUGUUUGUUGUGGAAGAGCAGCAUUUGUAUCUUUGUCCCACUGAACACACCAAUGCCUUGUAUAACGCUCUGCCCAUCAGUGCAGGAGCCAAGGCUAAAUCUUCAGAACUUCGACAGUUUCAGAGUCCUGUACAAGAAUUUCAUCUUGAUGUCAUUCUGAAGAUUCAUUCCUUUGCUGAAAAUGAUGUUGUAUUAUCUUCAUAUUCUGAUGUAUUCUUCCCAUUGCCCACAGUGGAGCAGCCUCACACUGAGGAAAAUUCAUUCAAAUCUCAACAGUUGAAUAUCUUUUUCAUCCUUGAUGCAACAGUGAAUGAUACAGCUGUGCAGUUCUUCACUGGAGUUGAAGAUCCUUUAUCUUCUCAGGAGAUUACAGAGGUGCACCACAGGAUCAAAUGUUUAGAUCUGAAAGGUGAAAAGUUAGAAUAUGAGAGCUGUGAGGCUCUCGAAGAAAUCUUCAAGCGGAUGCAGUUUAAACUGAUUAACUUGGAGUGGUUGAAGCUGGAUGAAGAUGGGGCUUCUGCAUUGUUUGAUAUAAUAGAGUACUACGACUCAGCAGUACACCUCAGCAUCUCUUUCACCAAGCAUAUUGGAAGUAGAGGUUGGAUGGCAGCAGCUCAGCUGAUCAGGAAGAGUAGCAGCUUGCAGGAGUUUGAAGCCUGUGGUAUCCCCUUAAUGGAGCACACCGCGUGCUUUGUGGCACAAGGCUUGAAGUUUAACAGCCACCUGAGGGUAUUACGUCUGGAUAGUGCCAGUAUGAGCGGUCGUCCUCUGAUGCUGCUGGUUUCUGCCCUGAAUGCGAACCAAAUGCUACAGGAACUUUACUUGGCAGACAAUAACCUGAACAGCGUUCAAGACUCCAUGAACCUGCGAGAGCUGCUUCAAUCUAACUAUACCAUAAGACUGUUAGACCUUAAAAACAAUUGCAUCUCAAACACAGGACUGCAAGAUAUCUGUGAAGGUCUUAGAAGACAGAAGCAAGGACUGAAAACGCUUAUACUUUGGAACAACAAACUGACACAUAUAGGGAUGAGUCACCUAGCUGCCAUUCUACCUAAAUUAACUUGCCUGGAGACACUGAAUCUAGGUCGUAAUCCAAUCAGCAAUGAAGGAAUCCAUAGACUUAAGGGAGCAUUGAUAGCCAAUCGAUCAGUUACACGUUUAGGACUGGCGUCAACAGCAAUAACUAGUGAAGGUGCCAUAGCCAUAGCUGAGUUUGUAGUAGAGAGUGCUGGGAUCCUAAGGCUGGAUCUGCGAAGGAACAGAAUUAGAACUGGAGGCCUAAUGGCUCUGUCUCUUGCUCUGAGACUAAAUCAUUCAUUGGUCAGACUGGAUUUGGACAAGGAACCAAUGGGUGAGACGUGGCAAGAAUGA